GAAAAAGCAGCAAAGAAGAAAACUGGAAAGACGCGGGCGAGCUCUAACUGUUUUCGUGUACAGCUAUAAACCCCCAUCAGGCCGGGAUACGGUGAAGGUGAGAACAGGACUGGGGUCAUGCUGAGAAUACAUACCCUACUGGCUCUGCUGAUGCAGCUUCUCUGCUGCUGCCUGGCGGCUCCAAGCUACUCCAAUGGCUUCUUCUACCACGACAUCAUGAACGGCAAUGGAAAUGGAGAGAUUUACUUCAACGGGGUGCGUCUUCACGUGGAGACGACGGAGAUGCCGGUCUUUGCGCUUCGGGGCAGCAACGUCACGCUGCCCUGCCGCUACCGCUACGAGCCCGAGCUGAGCGCCCCCCGCAGGACGCGUGUGAAGUGGUCCUGGCUGCCCGCCGUCGGGGGCCACGAGACGGACGUGCUGGUGGCCGCCGGCCCCCGCCACCGCAGCUUCGGCGACUUUAAGGGCCGCGUGCGCCUGCUUCAGAACUCCCCGCGGGACGUCUCCCUGGAGGUCAGCGACCUGCAGCUGAACGACACGGGCCGCUACCGCUGCGAGCUGAUCGACGGCCUGGAGGACGAGAGCGUCACGGUGGACCUGGAGCUGCGAGGAGUGGUGUUCCCGUACCAGCCUCCUGGGGGGCGCUAUAACCUGAACUUCCAUGCGGCGCAGCGGGCCUGCCAGGAGCAGGACUCUGCUCUGGCCACGUUCGAGCAGCUCUUCUUGGCCUGGGAGGAGGGGCUGGACUGGUGCAACGCGGGGUGGCUAGCAGACGGGACGGUGCAGUACCCCAUCACCCUGCCCCGGAAACCCUGCGGGGGCCUGGGCAUCGCCCCCGGGGUGCGCAGCUAUGGCCCUCGUCACCGACACCUGCACCUCUACGAUGCCUUCUGCUUCUCCUCCUCCCUGAGAGGGAGAGUGUAUUUCCUGGAGCACCCUCAGAAGCUCAGCUUCACCGAGGCUGUGCAGGCGUGCCGGGACGACGGGGCGCAGAUAGCCAGGGUGGGCCAGCUGUACGCAGCCUGGAGGUUCACAGGCCUGGACCGUUGUGAUGCCGGCUGGUUAGCUGACGGGAGCCUGCGCUACCCCAUCACCAGCCCCCGGGCCAACUGUGGCCCCAAAGAGCCUGGCGUCCGCAGUUUCGGCUUUCCUGCCCAGCAGCAGAAGCAUGGCGUGUACUGCUAUGGGCCCCGGUAGACUGCGCAAGGCUAGGGAUCGCACACUCUGUUCACACAUCAGCCAGGACAGGCGGAGGACUCUCCCUCCAGCCCAGCUCUUCUAGUGUAUCUAUGUCAAUGGGAAUGUACCAGCAGUAAGAUGCCUUUUGUAUUUGUGCCAUUUCUGGCUCAAGGGCCGUUUCACCACCCAGUAUCACUGCUGGGACAAAUGCGCAUGAGAUAUAAAGACAGAGCCUCUAGCUAUUAGACUGCUGUACUAAUCAUUCUCACAUUAGAGCAAUACCUCAUGGAAGUAAACUAGGACAUUCUGAUCAGAAACCUGCUAAAAUGACAGGAUAGGAUAACAAAUUAAUGUUUUUUUUUGUAUUUUCUUUUUAAUCUUUUUUUAUUUCUCUUUUUCCCUCACUUCAUUAGACACCCCCUAUGAAAGGCAUCAUUGUGUACAUUUUCAUAGUAUGCUUUAUUUUACGUUAUAACAACAGGAUAUUUGCUGAAACAAUUCAGCUUGAUACUCAUAUGCGAGGAUACAAUAACAGCAGUCUUCCUAGUAUAGGAACUUCAUAUUGCUGCUCAACAGCAGCUGUGUCUUUCGUAAUGAUAGCACGCCAUCUCAGCACUGGUUUGUAUUGCUGCAUCACUACCAAGAAACACCAAAACCUUUGCUAACUAUGGAAACAGAGGAGAACUAUCUAGUUGUUUUAUAGUACUCUUUAAAUGUAUCUAAGUAUUCAACUGGACUUAAGUUUUGAAGAUCAAGCCUUUCCUUGUUUUUUCUAACUUCAGACUUCUGUGAAUUGUCCAUUAAUAGUAUUGUUAUUUAUGUCUGCAAUGUUCUGUGAUUUUUUUAUGUCACAAAAAAAUGUCAGUGAAAGCUGCCUUCAAAUGUAGUCUGGGAUGUGUUCACCCACCUGUAAUAAUGCUAUUCCAGUCUGAGAUAUGUACUGUACCUUUUAUAUAUUCAUAAACAUCAGUAACAGACUUAAGUGUGAUGUGAAAAGGGAUUCAA